AUGGCAACAUAUCCCGCUCAAGAUGCCUCCUCUUCUGAGGAUGGGUCGUCCCCUCCUCCACCAGAUUCCGAGUCUCCGUCGACGCCAUUACCACAGACGUUUCAAGAAUUAGGCGUCAUAGAUUCGCUUUGUGAAGCCUGCAAUACCCUUGGAUACUCGGCACCAACGCCCAUCCAGGCACGCUGCAUUCCAGUUGCCCUACAAGGACGAGAUUUGAUCGGUCUCGCGGAGACAGGUAGCGGGAAAACUGCUGCCUUCGUGUUACCAAUCCUCCAAGCGCUAAUGGAGAAUCCCCAGCAACUCCACUCCCUUAUACUCGCACCCACCCGAGAGCUGGCGCAGCAGAUCUCGCGUGCCGUUGAAGCUCUGGGAGCUACUAUCUCUGUACGAUGCACACUCUUGAUCGGUGGAAUGGAUAUGGUCCCACAGUCCAUUGCUCUGGGGAAAAAACCACAUGUUAUCGUCGCAACUCCCGGCCGACUGAUGGAUCAUCUGGAAAAUACAAAAGGCUUUUCGUUAAGGCAUUUGAAAUACCUGGUGCUGGAUGAGGCCGAUAGAUUACUGGAUAUGGACUUUGGCCCUAUUCUAGACAAGCUGCUCAAACUGCUUCCACGAGAGAGGAGGACUUAUCUAUUCUCUGCCACCAUGUCGAACAAGGUUGAGUCACUUCAGCGCGCGUCAUUAACCAAUCCAGUUCGAGUUGCCGUUUCAAGCAAGAACCAAACAGCGUCAAAACUUCUACAGUCAUUUGCACUUAUCCCGCUCAAGCUGAAAGAUAUAUAUCUUGUGCAUUUGCUGCAGGAGCGAACAGGCCAGAUGGGCAUAAUUUUCGCACACACAAUCCACGAAACCCAGCGACUGGCUAUCAUGCUGCGGCACCUUGGCUUUCCAGCUAUUCCAAUCCACGGCCAACUAUCCCAAAGCGCUCGGUUGGCUUCCCUGAGCAAAUUCCGUGCACGUAGCCGGAAUCUACUUAUCGCAACUGAUGUUGCGGCCCGCGGAUUGGACAUACCCUCUGUGGACUUUGUUCUUAACUACGACCUGCCUUCGGACUCCAAAACCUAUAUUCAUCGUGUCGGCAGAACUGCCCGUGCUGGAAAGAGUGGUAUAGCCAUUUCAUUCGUAACACAAUAUGAAGUGGAGCUGUGGCUGAGAAUUGAAAAUGCUCUUGGCAAAAAGGUGGAUGAGUAUAAGGUAGACAAGGACGAAGUUAUGGUCUUUUCCGAGCGAGCCAAUGAGGCGCGGCGAACUGCUGCAAUAGCAAUGAGAGACAUGGAGGAUAGAGGUCGGGGGAAUCGGAUGAAAAAGAGGAAGAGAACCAGGGAUGAUAUGGAUCAGGAAGAAAAAUAA